AUGUACAAUGCACAAGUAGGUUCGUCCGCGCCUGCAGGAGCCCCAACGACCAACGUCCCUCCUCGCCAACCAGUUGGCCGCGAUCGCUGUGUGAUGCAACGCCCGCUGCGUCUGAGUGGUGCCUCGCCUCACCCACCAGCCCGCCGUCUCGCCCCAGUGGCCAAUCACAGCAUGCCCCGACUGGACUGGUCACUUUUGACGGAAUGA